AUGGCUCGUAGAAAAUUGAGAAUGAAACUUAUAGAGAAGGAGAAGACUCGAGCUGCAACACUAAAGAAGAGAUUGCAGAGCCUGAAAAAGAAGGCUUAUGAAUUCUCAGUUCUUUGUGAUGUGGACGUAUGCAUGAUCAUCUUCACACCUGAGUUGAAAGAGGAUCCUCCUAAUGUCGAAGUUUGGCCUUCGGAUCCUAUCCGGGUUGAUGGCACCAUCCACAGAUACAAGCAAACUGUGGCUGCUUCGGGUUCGCAAAAGAGGACCUUCAGUAUUUCCCAUUUUUUAGACAUGCGCAGGAGACGGGAUCGCGACGAGGUCGCCCAAGUGUGCAAAGCCAAUUUCAAAGCGAAGUUUCCGACAUGGGAUGACCGUAUCGACAAUUUCUCCCCCGAACAGAUCAUGUCGUGUCUUGCUAAACUUGAUUCGAACAUUGAAGUUGUUAAGAGGAAGAUCAUGUUGAUGAAGGGAGGUGAUAAGCAUAAGUCGCUGCAAUCUGAAUCAAUGAGUAUACUAGGUAGUCUCGAUGCUCGAUUGAGGCCGAGCCCUUCUGAUAAUUUCAACAUCCCUGCAGCAGUCUUACACCCUUGGAACCGAAACCUCUCGGAUAAUCACAUCAAUGUUCAUGCCAUCCAAGCCUUUUCUCGAAAGAACUCAGAGUUCGGGUUUAUCGGGGAGCAGCCUCCUCUCCCUGCUAAAUCUAUCGACAUACAUGGACCAUCCCUUUCCCCUGCUGAUGAAGCAUUGGUAAAGCUUUCCCUUAGCCUGAAUCCCAACGACAAAUCGCUGAGGAUGUCGAUGAUGAAUAAUGAUCUUGAUUUCGGAGUCCGAUCAGGGAUUCCAUCUAGCAGCAACGGCAGCAUUCCGAACAACGUGAUGUACAACCCUCCGCCUCCGUUUUUCGUUCACCACGAUCAGAUAUACGGGAUGCCGAACAACGACGUACUGUUCGAUCCGGUGUCAUCGAUUCAGGUCAUUCAUGAUCCGAGCAUGUCAAGUGCCAUGCAAAACUAUGCGAUGCUCAAGGAACCGAAGGCAGGAAUGGGAACUUGGCUCAAUGGUGCUCCAUCCAUGCAGCCAGCGGAGGUGGCCACUUCUUAUAACCAGCGACAACAGCUGAUGAUGCCGCAUGCGUUUCAUCAAAUGCUUCCUCCUGAUUUCUCCCAUGAUUUCUGCCAUGAAAUCAAUGAAUAUGAGAUGGAAAACAAGAAUCAAAGGUUCUUCUAG